AUGAAAGAAAAGACUGGUUUAAAGAAGGAGGCCUCGUCCACUACAUGUUCGAAAGAAGAAGGAAAGGAUGAGAAGAAGAACACUGGGGUGAGCAAGGACGCUCGGAGUCUGAGACGGUCUGAAAGAUUAUCUUCCGCGAGUCCAGGGAUUUCAAAAGAAACUGUUUCAAAACAGAAAUAAAAAGAGAGCUAAGUUGUCUAAAUCGAGUGCUCCUUUGAUCUCCGUGAGAGGAAAAGUAGAGCGUAGGAUAACUCGGUCAAUGUCAAAGAAAAGAGCUGCAAGCAAAGAAGCUGAGAAAGCAAAAGCAGCAAAUCUUCAUUCACGAAUUACUCGCUCUUCAAAAAGAAUCAGACAAGUCAAUCUGAACAACCAGAAGACUCAAUCCUUGAAACAGAAAAUCUACCAGGCUGCCGAACUGAAGAAGAAGUUUCAGGAAAGGAAGCCUAGAUUCCCUAAAACAAGAUCCCAAAGCAGAAAGGAAAGAAUUCAGCCCAAAGUUCAACCAGUGAAAAAUGUCAGUCGAAAGAAUCAAAAAGCUGCCCAGGACUCAACUGAGGAUACAGGACCUGAGGAUCAGUCAAGCAUGCCUGAUGCCAUUAUGACUGCAGAAGAAGAGGUACAGCCUGUAAAGCAAAAGAAGAAAGUUUCUGAAAGAAAGAAAACUCCAAAGAAGCCAUGCAAUAGCAAGAGUAGCAAGAGUUCUGCCAAACAGAAGAAAGAUCCAAAAGCUCCAAAGAAAGGAAUUAAGAGAACCAGAAGUAAAGCCCAGCCAAAGAACUCAUCAUCUAAGAAGUGUAAAAAUGCUUGAGAUGAUGCUACAAAGAGAGCUAUUAAAAGAAGAAAGCUAGACUCUACUACUCAUGCUAGUGAAUGUCAAACCUUUGAUGACUACCUUUCUGAAUUAGCCGGAGAAAGAGAGCAACUAAAAAUAGCAGUACUCAUAAUUAAAACUAAUCAAAAAGGAAAGAAUGUCACAUUCAAAGAAGAUGAUUCCUCUAAGAAAAAUGAACUAGAAAGAGAGAAGAAAAGGCAAGCUCGUGCAUCCAUAAGUCUUCUCAAGAAAAACAACAAGAUUAUCCAAAAGAGAUUGAAUCAAGCUAUUGGCAAGAACAAUGAAAGCGAUGUCAUUAUGAUUGAGAGUUCUUGAAUCUCUAAAGAGAUCAAAGAUAAACUCUCACAGAGCUAUCUCCCAUCCUUAUCACAUACUGAAACAGAUAGUGAUGAUGGAAAUGCUCAGAGUACCCCUGUAAGUGCCAUGAAUGGCAAAAAGAGUAACACUCUUACACAAAAAUCUGGUAAAUUCUCUAAAGAGAAAACUCCAGAGUCUCAGGCCAAGUCUGUCUUAAGUUGAGAGACAAGGCCAACUACUUCUAAACAAUCUAAUGCUGUGAAGGAAGGUGCAAAGCCCAAUCCAGUCAAAUCCACUCCACUAGCCAAGAGCAAGAGAAAAGGUGUGUCUAAGCACACAGAUGAAUCUUUGAAGAAUCCAGAUUUAUUCUCUUCAAGCAAGAAGCAUUCCGGAGAAGAAGAUCAAGAUGUAAACAUGGAAAUGAUGGAAAGUAUUUUGUCUGAGAUAAUCUCUCCUCAUGGUUCUCCAAGAGUCAUGAAUCUCUCCCCUGAAAACUCAGAUGCUCGGAUCUUCCAGAAGCAUCAGAGAUUGUACAAAGCAAUCAAGGAAGAGAUGAAAGAGAGGCAAGAGCUUCAGAAAAAGCCGAACAAAACUGAAAUCGAAGAAUUGGAAUACAUUAAAAAGCUCACUGCUGCCUUCGAAGAGUCUAAUUCUCAGUAUAUGUCUGUCCAGAAUAAGAACUGGGCAGAAGAUGAGUACAAGAGAAAGCAAUUAAUGCAACAACGCUAUCCAGAACAUAAUUGGGACCUUCACUAUUUAGGUAUAAAAUAAUUUUCUCAAUAGUA